AUGUCUUCGGAGCCGGUCUCUGGCAAAAGGGAGCCCUCAGCUCGGCUGGAUGACAAGGUCCAGGCAGCCAUCUGGAGCAUGAGCAGCGAUGGCGUCCCCACGGACAAGAUCGCGCUGUAUCUAGAGCUCACAGCGGACGAAGUGGUCGCUGGCCUGGCGAAACGUCGCCGCACCGACGGGGCAAGCCAGGACAGCGCAUCGAGUGCCCCCGUGGACCCCAGGACGUCGGACCAGGAGGGCAUGGAGUCACUGGUCAACCGGCUCUUGACAGACCCCGAAGAGUUUCUUUGUCCCAUCCUCCAGUCACUCAUGGAACAUCCGGUGGUGGCCGAGGACGGGUUCACCUACGAGAGGGAGGCCAUCGAGGAAGCCCUGCAGAGACGUGCUCGGAGCCCGAAGACCAACACCACCAUGGGUGACAAGGUCAUCCCGAACCAAGACAAGAAGACAGCCAUCACGAACUACAAGGAGAAGACCAUGCAGGAGAUCAUGUCCCUGGCCUCCUCCGUGCCCAGUGGACAUGCCCAGAAGCUGCUUCUCCGAGCUGAGGGCUUCGUUCGGCCCUACCUCCCAGACAGAAGCACGCAGCGCAAGCUGGUAAAGCUGCUUCAGUUAAGGGCCGGUCUGCCAGCCAUUCUUCGGGGCGAUGCGGUCAAAGAGCUCAUCGAUAUUCUGGCCCAUGAUCCGGCAGAAGAGGAGGCCGUGAGAGAGCUUUUGGUCCAUUUUGAGGACUGGGGCGCAGGCCCCCACAUGACAUCGCCAUCUGUCAGUGACGAGGCUGUUGCCCACUUCCGCACGUUGGCACGGAAGCCGCCCGCCCUUCCCUGCCACGAAGCUUUGGACCGAGAGCUUGCGCACAGAUUGGCGGCCCAAGUGGAUUCUGCCAAGGGCUCGGAGGCUCUCUGGCAGUUUGCUUUGGAGCUGGGCGCGGGUCCCCAAGCCGGUGUUUGGCUUGAAGGGGCUGCUUGCGUUCUUGCCGCCGUGCAUGGAAAGAUCCAGAUUGACCUGGCAGAUCUCUCGGACGCACUCCUGAGGGCUGCAGCCAGGUUUCUGCAAGAACCCAGAGACAGAGGCGCCGAGGCUUUGGUUGCCGAACUCUUCGGCUACAAUCUUUGUCGUAGUAGUCUCAGUGGAGCUGCUGGCGCUGGCGGCUCAAGCUCGCUGGCGGCGAUACUCUUGGAACGGGCCAAGCGAUGCGAAGCAAACAAAGAUUCCGACGAAGAAGCUUUGCUGCUGGAAGCAUAUGCCGCAGAUCCCACCCACGUGGGCGUUCGAGAGCGCCUGCUGGAGCUCCUGCUUGGAGCUUUGGAGAGCUCUGGGAAGGUUGACAGGGAGGACGUCCUGCUGAAGCUGCUCUUUGUCCAGCACAAAAAGGUGCCAGAGGAGUUGCUGCCCAAGCUUUCCCUAGACCAACAUCACGUCCAAGCCUUGGACCCGCAAUCCGCCCUGGCCUUGGCAGAGCAGUUGACUUCAGCGAGCCGUUCACGUGAUGGCGCGAAGGUUGCUGUUUUGGCUGCCCAAGCGUUCGAUGCGUCCGGGAGAAGGGAGGAUGCACAGCGAGCGUACAUUCGCGCCUACAACAUGGACCGUAGCAACGCGGAUGCUUCGCACGGCGUAGUUGAGACCUGCGCCGAGUUGAGGACGAAGAUUGAUUCUUUGGAGCGCCGCGUGGCAGAGCAACAGGAUCUGAUCGAGAAACUGACUCUUCAGGUGCGGGAGAGGAACACGCAACACAGGAGCAUGAGCCUGGCAGGCGGCUGUGGCUUUGCUUGGGACAUUUCAGAGAUAGAUCCCGCUCAAGUGCCGAACGGGCAAUGCAGAGAGAGUCCGAAAUUUUUGCUGGCUGCGCACGGAAUAACACUCUGGAUUAGAUAUUACCCACAGGGCAACAAGGAUGCAAAUAAUGCAAAUAAUGGAAUGGCAAGUGUUUUUUUGCACCGCUCGCAGCUGAGCAAAAUCGAGUGCAGAAUCUCCGUUGGUGGUAAGGAGAGAAUCUUGGGGUCGGAGACGCCAUUCGUUGAGGCAGGAGAAGGACGGGGAUGGUGCAAGUUCAUUCGAAUCGGCUGUCAUCGGGAAAUCCGCGUCCGCAUCGACGCAGUGCAGCUGAAGGACUCUGCCCUCAAGUGCCUUUACUGA